AUGAAAACUUAGUUUGUAUUUAUGAUUAAAAAUGGACUGCUUGUAAAAAGUGUCCGUUUGAUCAAAACCCAAAAAACUUUAGAUAAAUACACCAAGCUAUAUCCACAUCAUGAAAUUAAAGCCUUCUAGAGCGAAGAUUUAGCCUUAUAAUUCAUAAAAGAAAACAACUAUCCAAUAGAUAUGGCCAAACAAAAAGUAUACAUGAAAGUGCAUGAUACAAAAGAAUAGAUUGUAGAGGGAUCAGAAGUAUUAAAGCAAUUUAAAAAAGGAAAAAUUGAUCAGGAAAGCCCUGAAUUUAAAAAAAUAUAAGAAGAUGAAGGCUUAUAGUAAUUUUUAAAAUAAACUAAAAAUCUAUAUAAGUAUUACACCGAAAAUGAAACUUUGAUAUAAAAGGCUGCUUAAAAAAUUAUUAAAACAUCUCAAUACUUUUUAUUUUUUGAUGGAGCUUCAAAGAAUAAUCCAGGACCCAGCGGUAUCGGGUUUGCAAUAUUUGACAACGAUUAAAAAUUGUAUUAAUAAGCUAUUCACACAGGUUUUAAAACAAAUAAUUAAGCUGAAUAUUUAGCACUUUUAUAUGGAUUAAAGAGUUCUUUGAGUUUAGGAAUAGAAUUUCUGAAUGUUUAUGGAGAUUCUCAACUAAUUAUAAAUUAAAUGAACAAUUUAUACAGAGUAAAAGAUAGAAAUUUAAUACUCUAUAAUGGCGAGUGCAAAUAACUAAGAACUUAAUUCAAACAUGUAAACUUUAAGUAUAUCCCAAGAGAAUAAAAUUCAUUAGCUGAUAGUUUAGCAAAUAAAGGUGUAACGCUCUAUAAAAAACCUCCUAGUGAAGAAGGUUAAGAACCUAAUAAUGACCCUGAUUCAGUUUGA